AUGGUGUUACAAGUGUACAAACAACAGAGGAUGCAAUUCAACUUGCUCAAGAAGCCCGGGACCUUUGUGCUGUUGGUGGCCUUAGACUUCACAAAUUUGUGUCCAAUUUUAAUGCUGUGCUGGAAAGUAUUCCUCCCUCAGAACGAGCAAUCAAUGUAAAAGAACCUGAUCUCUCAUUUGAUUCCUUGACAGAGCGGACAUUGGGGAUUCAGUGGAACAUGGAACUUGAUUGUUUUAAGUUUGAUAUUUCUCUCAAGGAACAGCCAGUAACUCGACGUGGAAUUUUAUCUACGAUUGCAUCAUUGUAUGACCCAUUAGGGUUCUUGGCUCCAUUUAUUCUUCAUGGAAAGAAAAUACUUCAGGAAGUAUGCAGACAUGGUAUAGGGUGGGAUGAGACACUGAGAAAUGAGUUGCAGCCAAGUUGGGAGUGCUGGAGAAGAGAUUUGGGUAACUUGAAGAAAGUGACUAUUCCCCGCACAUAUGCUCCUCCUGGGUUUGGAAAGGUAAAGGAAGUAGAGCUGCAUCAUUUUUCAGACGCUAGUACUAGUGGCUAUGGACAGUGCUCAUAUCUGAGAUUGAAAAAUGAAAGGAAAGAUGUCCAUGUUGCUCUCGCCAUGGGGAAGUCUCGUGUGUCUCCUUUAAAGAUUACAACUAUUCCAAGGUUGGAGUUGACGGCUGCAGUCGUUUCAGUGAACGUCAGUAAAAUCCUUAAGCAAGAACUUCGGUAUGCUGACAUCACAGAGUUUUUCUGGACUGACUCCAAGGUUGUUCUGGGAUAUAUCAAUAAUGAGGCCAGACGAUUCCAUACAUUUGUUGCUAACAGAGUGCAAAAGAUUCAUUUAAGUACAGUGCCGCAGCAAUGGCGGUAUGUUCCAACAAAGGAAAAUCCUGCAGAUCAUGUCUCAAGAGGUCUCACUGUUGAUGAAAUGAUUUCAUCUGACUGGUUCACAGGGCCAAGUUUCUUAUGGAAUAAGGAGAUGGUUCUUCCUGCCAACGAGAUUCCAGAAUUACAACCAAGUGACUCAGAAGUCAGAUGUUCUCAAACGCUUAACAUAAAUGCAGUGGAACAGGAAUUUAUUUUAAAUCGCCUGUCAAAGUUCUCGUCUUGGUCUAAGGUAAUAGGAGCAAUCGCACGUAUUCAACGCACGGAUUCGCAAGGAUAA